AUGGCAACAGGAAAAUCUCGCGAUCCAUUUGUUUUAGAUGAACGUUUCGUAUGCAACAUAAAGCGCUCUUGUGUAGAAUGUUUACGAUUAAGUCACUGUUCUUGGUGUGAAACUGAAAGUAAAUGUUAUUGCAAGCAACUUCCGACCUUCCAAGACUACUGUAAGAACGCUACAAUAGAUUAUAAGGACUAUGAAUUUAGCUUAGAAGAGAACGCGGAAUGCUCAUGUGGGGGUGUAAUAAAAAAUAAUUGUUAUCCGCCUGAAGUCACGGACGAGGUGUGUUCGGGACGCGGCAACUGUGUUUGUGGUCGUUGCAUUUGUAAUCCUGUACCAGAUCCUGAGCACCCUACUAAGAAUAUUGUGGGAGAAUAUUGCGAGUUCGACAACUUCUCGUGUGAUGGACCCCAUUGUAAUGAAGGCCCUUAUCCGUUAAGUCAAACGAAAACCACCGAGGAUAAUUUAAACGAAGCAGAGGAAGUUGAACAGCCGUCGCAGGCUUAA